AUGUGCACAUACUCGUUCCAGCGCAUGGUAUGCUGCUGCGCCAAGGGUCCCGAAUGCCCUCAAAUGACCCGCGGUCGCGCCAUAAUCGGCGGAGAAGCUUUUCACUACAUCGACAUGUUUUACGCUGUUGAAGACUUGGGUUCAGCGUGCGAUUACCAACGACGGCUCUUUGGGCGCAACGCUGGCCCCACGAUGCACUGUCCGAGGUACGCUUUCGACGAUAAGCGUAUCAUUAAAGGGAGCUUUCGAAAGAGUGAACUUGCUUGUGUCAAGUGUGCUGAGACGUGUGCGCCUCCGAGCUGUACUUGGCAGGCUCCCAGGGCGGAAGUCAAGGAGGAGGCAAAGUAA